UAAAUACGCGCAUGCGCAAUUUGCGUUUGGUGCGAGAGAGGGAGUAAAAAAAGAAUAUGGCGACAGCAACCAUAACAAGAGAAAUAAACAAUUAACUCUUGCUUUUUAUCUCGUAUUUUAUCGUAUUCUUUGUCAAGUUGUGCAAUAUUAAGUUCGAUUGUUAUCUUAGUCUAGCACUGUUUUAAAUUAGAAAAGGGAUUAAGUAUAUCCCGAAUGAUCAGUUACAAAUAUGGCGUUAAAUUUGCCAAUGGAUACAUCAUCCUUGGAUUCUAUGGGGACUAAAAGAAGGAGUUCUUCGCGAACAAUCAAGCGUAAAAAGUUUGACGAUGAGCUGGUGGAAACAACAUUUAACCUCCAACCAUCCCAAGCAGCUACCAAGUCUAAUCCUCGAUCCCGUACAGUGUCAGUUUCUUCUGGGCCUCCAGAUGCACUGAUGCCACCUCAAACUUUACCUAAUCCCAUACCAUCACCAGUUUUAAUUCUUCAACCUGAACGUCCAAACCGUAGGCCCAGUAGACCAAGUGGUACUAGCAGUGGUAGUAGAAAAAAUAAAAAGAAUAAAAACCAUCCUCAUUCUAUAAAUGCUACUAAAGAUCUUGGUCGUUGGAAGCCAACAGAUGAUUUAGCUCUUAUAACUGGUGUACAACAAACAAAUGAUCUAAGAAUGGUUCAUAGAGGAACAAAAUUUUCAUGUCGUUUUACGUUACAAGAAAUACAACAGAGAUGGUAUGCUCUUUUGUACGACAGUGCAGUUUCCAGGGUAGCUGUACAAGCAAUGCGUAAUUUGCAUCCUGAACUGAUUGCUAGUGUACAAGCAAGAACGUUAUACAGCAAAAGUGAAGAAGAUCUUCUUGGAACAAUUAAAUCGACUUCACAGCCAACUUUGGAAGAUUUUCAAAAUCUCCUGGAAGCAAAUGCCCAGACUUUUUAUCCUGCAAGAACAGCCAAAGCUUUAUUAGCCCAUUGGCAGUUGAUGAAGCAGUAUCAUCUGCUACCAGAUCAAACAGUCCAAAGUUUGCCCAGGGGAGAUAGUGUUUUAAAUUUCUCAGAUGCUGAAGACCUGAUCAAUGAUGGAGAAUUAGUAGAUCACAAGGACGAAAUUCUUGAUGGAGAACUUCAGAUGGUAGACAGAAAGAAUAAAAAAGAAAUUAGAAUGUUAGAAAACGAACUGGGAAGGUGGCAAGUUCUGGUUGACAAUGUUACAGGCAAUAAUCAGCCAGAUUUUGACAAUCAGACUUUGGCUGUUCUCAGAGGAAGGCUGGUCAGAUAUCUCAUGAGAUCACGGGAAAUAACAGUUGGCCGGUGCACAAAAGAUCACAGUGUAGAUGUUGAUUUGACAUUGGAAGGACCAGCAUGGAAGAUAUCGCGACGUCAAGGAACUAUUCGAUUAAGAAAUAACGGAGACUUUUUUCUAUCGUCGGAAGGAAAACGGCCUAUAUUUGUUGACAGUCGACCAAUUUUAGCCGGCAAUAAAAUGAAACUAAAUAACAACAGUGUCAUUGAGAUUGCUGGUUUAAGGUUUAUUUUCUUAAUAAAUCAAGAACUGAUAUCUGUAAUAAGGCAAGAAGCUGCAAAAUUGAAUUUAAAUCCAUAAAAUGUAAAACUUAAGGUAUUAGCAGUUUCAACACAAAUUUUUUGUAAAUAUGUAACAAUUAAUUUAACUUUUUUUUACUUAUCGAUUAGAACUAUUUAAUUUAAUAACAACUUAUGUAUAAACAACUUUUUAUUUCAUUCAGUUUAAAUUUUCCCUUGUAAAUUGAAGCCCAAAAUUAAGACUUGACUUUUUGAAGAAGAGGUUUUUAGAAUAUUGCUUGAAAUACAAUUGCAUAAAGUGUAUAUUGCUAAACAUGAAUGAUAUCGUUGUAUAUUGAAACUUUUAUUAUAAAUGUAAAAAUCUAUUUUUUAUUUGAGGAAAUGAGAAAUAAAAAAAAUUGCAACUUUUAUGAUCAACCUUUA